AUGCCGUACCCGCUCAACCUCCUGUCAAGGCGUCCGGAGGGGAGGGGUCCCACCCCCGAGGAGCGGGAUUUGGGGUGGGGGUCUCCCGUCCAUCCCCGGAGACCGACCCCUCGAGGCCCAACCUCCUGCUCCCGCUCCCGCUCCUGGUCCGGGCCUCCGCUCGAGGCCUGCGCCUGCCAGUCCUGGAUGGAGCCGGUGGCCCGAGGAGGGUCCCCGGGGGGGUCCGGGGAGGGGUCCCCCUGCCCCGUGUGCGGCCGCCGCUUCCGCUUGGCCUACUCCCUGGCCCGCCACCGGCUGAGCCACGGCGGCCCAAGGCCCUUCGCCUGCCCGCUGUGCCCCAAGGCCUUCGGGCGGGCCGCCCACCUGGCCCGACACCAACGAGCCCACGGCCCGCAGCCCCCGCUCCGCUGCUCCGCCUGCCCGCGACGCUUCCCGGACCCCGCACGCCUCCGCCGACACCUGCUCCGGGCCCACGGGGACCCCCGACCCCCGCCCGAGGAGGAGGAGGAGGAGGAGGAGGAGGAGGAGGAGGACCACCACCACCAGCCGGAGGAAGAGGCCGACGCCGCUCGAGGGGCCCCCCAGGUAGCCGACCUGCCACCCGGGCCGGAUCCCGAGGAGAAACAGGUGCUGCUGCAGGAGGACUGGACCCUCCUCUGCCUGCGCUGCCGAGAGGCCUUCCCCACCAAGGGCGAGCUGAAAGCCCACCCCUGCCUGAGGACGGCCAACGCCCCCGCGCCCGCCCCCCGACGCCACCAGUGCCCCGUCUGCCACAAGGCCUUCGCCCGGCCCUGGUCCCUGGCCCGCCACCGGCUGGUCCACUCCCCCGACCGGCCCUUCUCCUGCCCGGACUGCGGCCUGGCCUUCCGGCUGGCCUCCUACCUCCGCCAGCACCGCCGCGUGCACGGGCCCCACCUCCCCUCGGGGGGCGAGGGCCCGGCCGGCGACGGGUGGGCCGCGGCCCAGGAGCCCGGGCCGGCGGGCGACGGGCAGCGGCGCGCCCACGCGUGCGGCGUCUGCGGCCGGGCCUUCAAGAGCCGCUACGACCUGGCGGCCCACGCGCGCAUCCACACGGGCGAGCUGCCCUUCCCGUGCCCCGAGUGCGGGAAGCGGUUCCGCCGGCGCUCGCACCUGCGGCAGCACGGGGUCACCCACACCCGCGCCCGCCCCUUCCAGUGCGUGCUCUGCCAGCGCGAGUUCAAGCGCCUCGCCGACCUGGCCCGGCACCGCCAGGUGCACGCGGGGGACCGCCCGCACCGCUGCCCGCUCUGCGCCCGACGCUUCUCCCGCGCCUACAGCCUCCUCCGGCACCAGCGCUGCCACCGAGGGGGGACCCCCGGACCCCCGGGACCCUCCCCGGCGCCCUCCCCGGCCUCCCCCGGCGGGGAGGACGCGCCGCCCCGCCCCGCCCCUGCCCCUGCCUUCCUCAGCGCCUCCUGCUUCGACAGCCAGGACCACUCGGCCUUCAUGCUGGACCUGGAGGAGGAGGAGGAGGAAGGAGAUCUGGAGAACCAGAGUGCAAGACCCUCCUGAUCGAUGCCCUCCUCUCCCAUCCCGGCCCCAUCCCUUCCCCUCCCCGCCCUCCUCGACUCCGGGGUACCCUUGGGACCUCCGGCCCCGAGCCGGGAUGAGGGAAAGGGGACACAGAGGACUUCUGGAGGCCGCGGCCUGCUCCGUCCGGCCGCCGCCAACUCCGUCCCUCCCCUCGUGGCUCACAGCCCCCUAACUCCGAAGAAGCAGCGUGGCUCAGCGGAAAGAGCUUCGGGGUCAGAGGCCGUGAGUUCCG